UUUUAAUUGGGGGCAAAGGAGAGAGAGAGAGAGAGAGGGAGGUAGUAGUUGGUAGUGUUGAGGUGCGGGUAGAGUAAGGCCUCAGAGCCGUUAGCGCAGUGACUGAGCCUUUCAGCACCUCCUCGAGUGGGAUUGCAUUGUGGAAAAGGCAGCCAUGAAUCACUUGAGGGCAUUUGCAACAAAAGUCAAACCACAAACCAUCAAGAAAUUAACUCAACAUGAUGCAACAGUGAGGAUAUUGUUAAAGAGCAGGAGAUACUGUGCAUCUUACAUCAAUCACAGUAAUUCAAAUUAUGUUGAGGAAAUGUACAUUGCAUGGCUUGAAAAUCCCAAAAAUGUUCAUAAGUCAUGGGAUGUCUUUUUCCAACAUUCCAAUGGUGCAUCUCCAACCUCGUCAUACUUUAGCCCUACUUCAUUGGAUAACAUCCAAACUCUGGCUCAAAGUUCAGGCCAAGUGCAUGUUACUGCGAAAACUGAAAAAUUAAUAGCAGAUCAUCUAGCUGUGCAAACAAAUAGAGCUUACCAGAUACGUGGACAUCAUGUGGCACAGCUGGAUCCAUUGGGUAUCAUGGAUACAGACUUCGACUCGUUUAUUCCACUUGAUUUAAUCACUGCAAUUGAUAAACUUGCAUUAUAUGGAUUGAAAGAGUGUGAUAUGGACAAAGUUUUUCGACUGCCUACAACCACCUUUAUUGGAGGAAAUGAAUCUUCCCUCUCAUUGCGUGAAAUCAUAAAGCGAAUGGAGACCACUUACUGUCAGCAUAUUGGUCUGGAGUUCAUGUUUAUAAAUGAUGUGGAACAAUGCCAAUGGAUCAGGCAAAAGUUUGAAACUCCUGGCAUUACAAAAAUUACCAACACUGAGAAAAGAAGGCUAUUGGCUCGAUUGAUCCGUUCAGCAAGGUUUGAAGACUUUCUUGCAAGGAAAUGGUCUUCUGAGAAACGUUUUGGUGUCGAAGGGUGUGAGAUAUUAAUUCCAGCUUUGAAGACCAUCAUCGAUAAAUCCACUUGCAAGGGAAUAGAGAACAUUAUCAUGGGAAUGCCACACAGGGGACGGUUAAAUGUGUUGGCCAAUGUGAUCAGAAAGGAUCUGGAACAGAUUUUCUGUCAGUUUGACCCAAAAUUGGAAUCUGCUGAUGAGGGAUCAGGAGAUGUGAAGUACCACCUGGGUGUAUACAAUGAAGUAAUAAACCGAGUAAACGAUAAGCACAUCGCUAUGUCACUUAUGGCAAAUGCUUCACACCUGGAGGCAGUGGAUCCAAUUGUACAAGGGAAGACCAAAGCAGAGCAGUUCUACCGUGGCGACAAUACAGGCAAACAAGUGAUGUCCAUCCUGUUGCAUGGUGAUGCUUCUUUUGCUGGCCAGGGAAUUGUGUAUGAGACAUUUCAUCUAAGUGACCUUCCGUCGUAUACAACACAUGGCACUAUCCACAUAGUUGUGAAUAAUCAGAUUGGUUUUACUACAGAUCCUCGUAUGGCCCGUUCAUCACCUUAUCCCACUGAUGUUGCUCGAGUUGUGAAUGCACCUAUCUUUCACGUAAAUGCCGAUGACCCAGAAGCAGUGAUAUAUGUAUGUGGUGUGGCUGCAGAGUGGAGGAACAAUUUUAACAAGGACGUUGUAAUUGAUCUGGUUUGCUAUCGUAGACGUGGACAUAAUGAAGUGGAUGAGCCAAUGUUCACACAGCCUCUGAUGUACAAGCGGAUCCAAAAACAGGUCCCUGUACUGAAGAAGUAUGCGGAUAAACUUAUAGCCGAAGGAAUUCUGACACUUCAGGAGUUUGAGGAAGAAGUAGCAGAAUAUGAAAAAAUUUGUGAGGAAGCGUAUAAUGCAUCGAAGGAUGAGAAAUAUUUUCAAAUUAAGCACUGGCUUGAUUCCCCUUGGCCAGGUUUCUUUACCCUCAAUGGAGAGCCUAAAAGUAUGAUCUGCCAACCCACUGGUAUUCCUAAAGAAACCCUACAGCACAUUGGGAAUGUAGCUAGCUCUGUGCCUAUCGAAAACUUUACCGUUCAUACAGGUUUAAUUCGUAUUUUAAAGGGAAGAGCAGAAAUGAUCGCAAAUCAGUUGGUUGAUUGGGCCCUUGCAGAGUAUAUGGCAUUUGGUUCAUUGUUGAAGGAAGGAAUACACGUAAGGCUCAGUGGACAGGAUGUUGAGCGAGGUACUUUCAACCAUCGUCAUCAUGUAUUACAUGAUCAAGAAAUUGACAAGAUGACCUGUGUGCCCAUGAAUCAUUUGUGGCCAAACCAAGCUCAUUACACUGUUUGCAACAGCUCACUGUCAGAAUUUGGUGUAUUGGGCUUUGAACUUGGAUUUGCGAUGGCAAGUCCUAAUGCCUUGGUGUGUUGGGAGGCUCAGUUUGGUGACUUCCAUAACACUGCCCAAUGUAUUCUGGAUCAAUUCCUGAGUGCGGGGCAGGCAAAAUGGGUGAGGCACAAUGGAAUUGUUCUGCUUCUACCCCAUGGCAUGGAGGGCAUGGGUCCAGAACACUCAUCAGCCAGACCAGAACGAUUCUUACAAAUGAGCAAUGCUGAUGCGGAUGCAAAUCCUCAAUUCAGUGGAGACUUUGAGGUGCAUCAACUGUUUGACUGCAAUUGGAUUGUGGUGAACUGCUCCACAGCAGCAAAUUUCUUCCAUGUCUUGAGGCGACAGAUUUUACUGCCAUUUAGAAAACCGUUGAUUAUCCUGACACCAAAAUCCCUGCUGAGACAUCCUGAAGUCAAAUCCCAUUUUGAUUUAAUGGUUACCGGUACAAAAUUUCAACGCAUCCUUCCUGACGAAGGGCUUGCAAACCAAAAUCCAAGCGAUGUGAAGAGAUUAAUUUUCUGCACUGGAAAGGUUUAUUAUGAUCUUAAAAAAGAAAGGAAAAACAGAAACUUGGAGAAAGAAGUGGCUAUUGUAAGAUUGGAGCAGCUAGCGCCAUUCCCUUUUGAUCUGUUGAAAGUAGAAAUUGACAAAUAUUCCAAGGCUGAUCUCUUCUGGUGCCAAGAAGAGCAUAAGAACAUGGGCUACUAUAACUAUGUUAAGCCUCGCUUUAAGACACUUGUAUGCUACAAACAAAGUAUCAGGUAUGCUGGACGUGACCCUGCAUCUGCGCCUGCCACGGGUAACAAGAAAACUCACGUAACUGAGCAGCAAAAGUUCCUGGAUGUGUCCUUCACACUUUGAGGGCAUGGGGUGUCGAGUCUAAUGUGAAACCAAUCUCCAACAGUCGCAGUUGAUGUUAUUUUUUCGCACAUGUAAUCUGUUACUCUGUUUUUGUUUCCUUCAUCACGUAAAUAAAAUGUCAAAUGUUUCCAGACAUUAAUAUUGUCCAAAUUUGCUGGUUAUUUAGAAAAGCGCUUCUUCUGGUGGGUAUUUUGUGAAAAGUGGGACGAAAUGAGAAUCAGGAGGAAAGGGAGGAAUCAUAAUUAUAUAGCACA